CGUGAGUGUAUCUCAGUUCAUGUGGGUCAGGCUGGAGUCCAGAUGGGCAAUGCCUGCUGGGAGCUCUACUGCCUGGAGCAUGGGAUCCAGCCGGAUGGACAGAUGCCCAGUGACAAGACCAUCAGAGGAGGAGACGACUCCUUCAAUACCUUCUUCAGUGAGACUGGGUCUGGAAAUCAUGUUCCCAGGGCUGUGUUUGUGGACCUGGAGCCCACAGUCAUCGGUAAGAUGUUUCUCAUUUAAUAUGAAUUGAGUCAAAGCGGGGUUGUAGAAAUCCCUUAUUGAUCUGCUGCUCAUGCUCUCUCCUCAGAUGAGGUGCGAACUCUGACCUAUCGCCAGUUAUUCCAUCCUGAACAGCUCAUCAGAGGCAAAGAGGAUGCUGCCAACAACUAUGCCCGUGGGCACUAUACUAUUGGCAAAGAGGUCCAUUGACCUGGUGCUAGAGAGGAUCCGCAAACUGGUGGGUUUAAUGAACAAGUGAAUUACAGCAUUUUAUUUGUAUUAACUAAAUAUAUAAUAUUAUGGAUUAUGAAUCUUGUGUUGUCCUUGUUUUAUGUGUUCCUCUCUCCUCAGGCUGACCAGUGCACAGGCCUUCAGGGCUUCCUGGUUUUUCACAGCUUUGGAGGUGGCACCGGCUCUGGUUUCAAGCUGGAGUUUUCCAUCUACCCAGCUCCCCAAGUGUCCACAGCUGUAGUGGAACCUUACAACUCCAUCCUGACCACCCACACCACCCUAGAGCACUCUGACUGUGCCUUCAUGGUGGAUAAUGAGGCUAUCUAUGACAUCUGCCGUAGGAACCUCGACAUUGAGCGUCCUACCUACACCAACCUCAACAGGCUCAUUAGCCAGAUCGUUUCCUCCAUCACUGCUUCCCUUCGAUUUGAUGGUGCCCUCAAUGUUGAUCUGACAGUUCCAGACCAACUUGGUGCCCUAUCCCCGUAUCCAUUUCCCUCUGGCCACCUAUGCCCCAGUUAUCUCUGCCGAGAAGGCUUACCAUGAGCAGCUCUCUGUCUCUGAAAUCACCAAUGCCUGCUUUGAGCCGGCCAAUCAGAUGGUGAAAUGUGACCCUCGCCACGGCAAGUACAUGGCUUGCUGCCUUCUGUACCGUGGUGAUGUGGUGCCCAAAGAUGUCAAUGCUGCUAUUGCCACCAUCAAGACCAAACGUUCCAUUCAGUUUGUUGACUGGUGUCCAACUGGUUUCAAGGUUGGCAUCAACUACCAGCCGCCCCACUGUAGUCCCUGGUGGAGACCUGGCCAAAGUCCAGAGGGCUGUGUGCAUGCUGAGCAACACCACUGCUGUUGGCAGAGGCCUGGGCUCGGCUUGACCACAAGUUUGACCUGAUGUACACCAAACGUGCCUUUGUGCACUGGUAUGUGGGUGAGGGUAUGGAGGAGGGAGAGUUUGCUGAGGCCAGCGAGGACAUGGCAGCCCUGGAGAAGGAUUAUGAAGAGGUGGGGGUUGACUCCAUUGAGGGUGAGGGAGAGGAGGAGGGAGAAGAGUACUAGGUGCUACUUUUUCAGGAAGCAGAAGUUGUUCUGGACAUGAUGCCAAAAGCAUUUCUAGCGAAAUGCAAGUGUAUCAACUAAUUGAGAGAAUAAAGUUAUUGAGGACAAAUUUGCAUUAUGUUGUUUCUCUUUUUUAUAUUCUUACUAAUUGCAUUUCAGCUACAGUAGAUAAAGCAGAGAGAUGUUAAUCAGGCUUUGGUAACACUUUACAUGAAUUUGUUCUUAUACCUACAUGUAUGUAUAACGCUGUAAUAACACUUUAUUUACACUGUAAAACAAUAUUGUGUUAACAUUUUGUUACAUAAUUAUUUAGAAACGUAAUUAUAAUUUCCUAGAAGGGUAAUCAAUUCGAAAGCUACCCUGGGUGAGUGAGAAGAUGACUUACCCUACUACCCUGACUGUACAUUUGGAUUUUCUUACAAUGAAUGAAUCACAUAAUGUAAUCCUCCUGUCCUGUCCACCGGACGUGUCUGCCUUCAAACACAUUCAGGUGUACAGCUUCAAAAUAGCCUAUAACGUUUUUGGAAAAAAUAACCUAUUCAAAUAAAAAAAUGCCUCUAGCAAGAAAUCAAUGCUCAAGUCUAUGGGAGCUUUUCCCCAGCCCAGACAUAAUACUGUAGUCGACUCGGUUGCGUCAUAAAAUAAUCUUCAGACAUCGCACACCUCAAGCUGCAAGCUUCUGAAUCGAGCUCUUCCUUGUUUUUAUUACUUCUCCUAAUCCCCUGCACAAAGACAUAUCAUGGUGAGCAAUAUUCUAUUUAUUUUUUGUGGUGUAUUAUCGAACGUAAAACUUCAACAAUUUUAUUCAGAUAUUUUUGUGAAUUUUGUGUGUGUGGAAGUCCUGCACCCGGUAGGCCAUAGAUCCCACCUGUCAAUAGGAACAAGUUAUAGCUCAUCAACUGACUAGAUAUUUCAUUUCUCAAAUAUUGUGUUUCAAAAAAUGUUCGGAGUUGAAAGCCGGGAAAUAUUAUGGGGUUGAUCCAAAAUAAAAAUAAUUGUGGGGACCGGCAAUUGAAUGGAGGCUGCGCGGUACUUCUCCAAAAUCCUUUGGUCAGUGUCAGUGCAGACAGUAAAUCAGAUUAGACAUGCUUAACUCUGGUAAACGUGGACAGUCUGUUCACUGAGCUGCCAUAUCGCAGACAAAAAAAGAAAUACAACUUUUUAGACUAUUUGCAAAUAUUUUCCACCGUUAUUUAGAAUAAAUCAUUUCCUCACUUGCUGUGAGAUUUUGGAUAAAUACAUAAAUAAUUGCAGAUAACUGUUUGGUUUCUCCUAUCAGCCUGCUGUAAUUAUUGAUAUUGGAAAAAUACGUAUUAUUGUAGCCUACAAAUCAGAAUAUAAUCAAACACUGUAAAUUAAUUUCAGCAGAAAUGUGGAAGUGGUCUGACAAGUUUCAUAACAUUUUAAAGAGACAGCAGCCCUAAAACUGUCUGACCUAGAUAAUCCUCUCCAUAUGCUGCACUGUCAGAGGAAUACAACACUAGAACACACAGGGGGUUGGUGGCACCUUAAUUGGGGAGGAUGGGCACUUGAUAAUGGCUGGAGCGGAAUUAGUGGAACAGUACCAACAACAUUCCAUUCUAGCCGUUCCAGACAUUUUUAUGAGCCGUCUUCCCCCCAGCAGCCUCCACUGCUAAAACACAUCAGUAGAACACAACACUAUAACACACCACUAGAACACAACACUAGAACACAUCAGUAGAACACAACACUAGAACACAUCAGUAGAACACAACACUAGAACACAUCAGUAGAACACAACACUAGAACACAUCAGUAGAACACAACACUAGAACACAUCAGUAGAACACAACACUAGAAAACAUCAGUAGAACACAACACUAGAACACAUCAGUAGAACACAACACUAGAAAACAUCAGUAGAACACAACAGUUGAGCACAUCAGUAGAACACAACACUAGAACACAACAUUAGAACAUCAGUAGAACACAACACUAGAAAAUAUCAGCAGAACACAACAGUCGAGCACAUCACUAGAACACAACACUAGAACACAUCAGUAGAAUACAACAGUAUAGAACACAUCAGUAGAAUACAACACUAGAACACAACAUUAGAACACAACACUAGAACACAACACUAGAACACAUCAGUAGAACACAACACUAGAACACAUCAGUAGAACACAACAGUCGAGCACAUCAGUAGAACACAACACUAGAACACAACACUAGAACACAUCAGUAGAACACAACACUAGAAAGCAUAAGUAGAACACAACAGUCAAGCACAUCAGUAGAACACAACACUAGAACACAUCAGUAGAACACAACACUAGAAAACAUCCGUAGAACACAACAGUCGAGCACAUCACUAGAACACAACACUAGAACACAUCACUAGAACACAACACUAGAACACAUCAGUAGAACAAAACACUAGAACACAUCAGUAGAACACAACAGUAUAGAACACAUCAGUAGAACACAACACUAGAACACAACAGUAGAACACAACACUAGAACACAUCAGCAGAACAAAAAUAUGUUAUUAUUCCAUAAUAGAAUAAUAGAAUAGAAUAGAUAGAACAGCAAUAAAGAAAUGUCCACAUCAGAACAAUGUAACACUUGGCUGCAGGUAUCAUCUUUGUUAUUCUAUUCACACACUUUAUUUUACAGUAGAUUAUACAGUACACCCCUGGUAUAGAGUAUAGACUGUUUUGAGCCAUUGUGGUCCUCCUAUCACAAGGGGGUGUACAUCUGAAAUUAUCAGACAAAAAAUGGCUCCCCCUUCACCCUAGCGCGAGUGCAUCUCUAUCCACGUGGGUCAGGCUGGUGUCCAGAUUGGCAAUGCCUGCUGGGAGCUCUACUGUCUGGAGCAUGGGAUCCAGCCGGACGGACAGAUGCCAUCAGACAAAGCCAUCGGAAGAGCUGACGACUCCUUCAACACCUUCUUCAGUGAGACUGGGGCUGGAAAGCAUGUCCCCAGGGCUGUGUUUGUGGACCUGGAACCCACAGUCAUUGGUAAGCUUUCCCUCUCAGGCAAAAAAGUUAUACCUAGAACAAUAAAGGGUUCAUUGGAUUGUCCCUGUAGAAGAACGCUGGUUCCAAAGCCUUUUCCAACAAGAAAUAACCCUUUUAGAACCCUGUCUUCCAUAGAGAAUGUUCUCAGAUGAAAAAAGUUCCAUGUAGAACCCUUGCCCCUGUAGAAUAACUAUUUUAGAACACUCCUUUCUCUGAGUGUUCUGCUUCUCAUGAGCUACUGAUUUUCUCUCCUCAGAUGAGGUGCGCACUGGGACCUAUCGCCAGUUAUUCCAUCCUGAACAGCUCAUCACUGGCAAAGAGGAUGCUGCCAACAACUAUGCCCGUGGGCACUACACUAUUGGUAAAGAGAUCAUUGAUCUGGUGCUGGACAGGGUCCGCAAAUUGGUGGGUACCACAUAAUUAAUCAAUUAAAUAUUUUAUCAACAAACUGAUCAGAAUGUGGGUAUCUUGUGUUCUCCUUUUAUUGACGUGUUCCUCUAUCUCCUUAGGCUGACCAGUGCACAGGCCUUCAGGGCUUCCUGGUUUUCCACAGCUUUGGAGGUGGCACCGGCUCUGGUUUCACCUCCCUGCUCAUGGAGCGCCUGUCUGUUGACUACGGCAAGAAGUCCAAGCUGGAGUUUUCCAUCUACCCAGCUCCCCAAGUGUCCACAGCUGUAGUGGAGCCCUACAACUCCAUCCUGACCACCCACACCACCCUAGAGCACUCUGACUGUGCCUUCAUGGUGGAUAAUGAGGCUAUCUAUGACAUCUGCCGUAGGAACCUCGACAUUGAGCGUCCUACCUACACCAACCUCAACAGGCUCAUUAGCCAGAUCGUUUCCUCCAUCACUGCUUCCCUUCGAUUUGAUGGUGCCCUCAAUGUUGAUCUGACAGAGUUCCAGACCAACUUGGUGCCCUAUCCCCGUAUCCAUUUCCCUCUGGCCACCUAUGCCCCAGUUAUCUCUGCAGAGAAGGCUUACCAUGAGCAGCUAUCUGUGGCAGAAAUCACCAAUGCCUGCUUUGAGCCGGCUAAUCAGAUGGUGAAAUGUGACCCUCGCCACGGCAAGUACAUGGCUUGCUGCCUUCUGUACCGUGGUGAUGUGGUGCCCAAAGAUGUCAAUGCGGCCAUUGCGACAAUCAAGACCAAACGUUCCAUUCAGUUUGUUGACUGGUGUCCAACUGGUUUCAAGGUUGGCAUCAACUACCAGCCCCCCACUGUAGUCCCUGGUGGAGACCUGGCCAAAGUCCAGAGGGCUGUUUGCAUGCUGAGCAACACUACAGCUAUUGCGGAGGCCUGGGCUCGGCUUGACCACAAGUUUGAUCUGAUGUAUGCCAAACGUGCCUUUGUGCACUGGUAUGUGGGUGAGGGUAUGGAGGAGGGAGAGUUCUCUGAGGCCAGAGAGGACAUGGCAGCCCUGGAGAAGGAUUAUGAAGAAGUGGGGGUUGACACUGUCGAGGGUGAUGGACAGGAGGAGGGAGAGGAAUACUGA